AUGGCAAGCAACGAAGCCAUGGAGGUGAAUGAUUCAAAUGGACAUUCAUUUGGGAGGGUCAAACAAAGGCUCAAAGAUCGAUCCAAGAAAGUAGCAGAAACAAAAGAAAUUCUGUCGAAACAGGCAGUUCAGACCAAACAGAUAUUGUCCAAACAAGUUGAUAAGAUCGCCAAACAGGCAGAAGAACAUGAAAGAUUCAUCAACAAGGUGACACAUCUGUUGGGUGUUCUUGGCUUUGGUGGAUUCUGCUUUAUUUUGGGUGCAAGGCCACAAGAUGUGCGAUAUUUGUAUUGUUUGUUUUAUGUAAUUUUUGUUCCUCUUAGAUGGAUGUAUUAUCGGUACAAGAAAUGGCAUUAUUAUCUUUUGGACUUUUGCUACUAUGCCAAUACGAUCUUUUUGAUCAUGCUUCUUUUUUAUCCAACAAAUGAAAAGCUUUUCAUGGUUUGCUUCUCGUUUGCUGAGGGGCCAUUGUCGUGGGCACUGAUUGUUUGGCGUUGUAGCUUAGUUUUCAACUCAAUGGACAAAAUUGUUAGCGUCUUCAUACAUCUUUUGCCUGGAUUGGUUUUUUUCACAAUUCGAUGGUGGGACCCAGUGUUUUUCGGAGCCAUGCAUCCUGAGGGAACUGCUCAAAGAGCUUCAUGGCCCUAUGUAGAAAACAAAUCUCAUCUCUGGACAUGGCUUUUCUUUGUUCCUCUAGUUGCUUACGCCAUGUGGCAGGUCCUUUAUUUUCUUAUUGUUAAUGUCCUACGACGACAGAGACUACUGCGAGACCCUGAAGUCAUGACUUCCUACAGGGAACUCUCAAAAAAAGCACAAAAAGCGAACAAUGUAUGGUGGCGCUUAAGUGGUUUGCUUGGGGAUCAGAAUCGCUUGUUUAUGUAUAUUCUUCUCCAAGCUAUAUUCACUGUGGCAACUAUGGCACUUACGGUCCCCAUAUUUUUGUCUUACAAAUUACACGUCACUUUCCAAAUACUCAAGAUCUCUGCAACUACAUGGUAUGGUGGAAACUUUUUGUUAGAAGUGAUGCCUAGGCAGGCCAUGAAGAAAAUAGAGAUGCAGCCAAUUAGGAAUUGUCAAGACGGAUCGACCCCAGAGAAUCAAGUUGAAGACCAAGAUUGA